AGGAGGAGGAAGCCGCGGGCCCGAAUCUUGUGGGUUGCGGGCAGCGCGGGAGCCGCAGCUUUCAGGCAGGCGCCAACGGUGGCACGGAUGGAGACGACCGCUCAUGGUUCAUAUGUUUUCGGAUGUUUCCCAGCUUGCUUCUCACGCAUUUGUUGCUUCACCUACGUUUCCAAAAGUUGAGCAAGUAUCACAAGCGAUGCAGAGAAUGGACAAGGCGGCGAGAGCGCGCAUCGCGCGCGUCAAACUCGCACAUGUCGGCGUUACUAAGUACUGGUUGAACCAUGGCAAUCCAUUCAGUCACGUCGCAGUGGCGACACAUCUUCACAUCUUUUGUAUGAGGACGAUGUUCAACACAAUGUGCGGGAUACGCACGCGAGCGUUUUCGCACCGAGUGCCAGCCAAUAUAUUGGUUUUGCCGCCGUACCAUCCGAGCUGACCUGAGCGUCGUUCGGUGCCGUCACCCCCUGCCGAAGAUCAGCAAGUGCUUGACUCACCCUCGACACCGCCACCGCCGACUAAUCCAGUGGACAGUUCUUGCAUUGUUGGGAACACGCGUUUUACCGAAGUGGCACAGUCGAGAGUUGUGACAACCUAGUCGCCAAGUUUAGCCACAAUGACAGACGUGAGAGAGAAGGUGGAGGCCCCGAGGUUCUGUCGCGGACAGUUUUCACACACAGUUGCACCCGUUCCGUUUUUUCACACUGAUAUCGAAGCAGCCUCAUCUUCGAGCCUUCCACAAGCGGCCGCUCAGCAGGCCGGGAUGGGGUUGUCGCAUUCCCGCCCGACCGGUGUUUUACCGAAUUGCCGCUUUUCACGACGGGCCAAGUUGCUGCUUGGACAAGUCCUGAGGGUUAAAGUAUCAUUUCUAUUCACGGGUUGUUUGGCUGCCAGUGGGCUUAAAUGGCACGGCAGAGUGUGGUGUAUUGCGCUCCGAUGGUAUGGUCAGAAGAAUAUUGUAUGAUCGAGAACCUCAAGGUAUUCCCAUCGAGCGUUGCAAUCUUUACAGCCAAACAAGAUCUGUAGCGGACAGAUCAGCAAACCAUGAACAAACGUACGUUUCUCAAGUUGACAUGUCUGUUGAUUGCCACCUUCAUCGACACAUCCGCCGCCAUCUAUGCAUGCCCCGAGCGCAGAAGAGACAAGAAAUCCAUUGCCACGGCCUUCAUCAAAGGAUGACACCGUUUGUUCUGUGGUCAAUUUCUUGAACUAUGAGGGAUAACACACUGCUGCCAUUCUUCGCAAACGUAGCUUCUGCAGCGUAGGCCACACGGUGAUGGCCCAAUGGUCCGACGGAAUCAUCAUGCAUGAGGCGUUGCGAGCGUGGCAACUGUCGGGCACAUCACAUUCACAUGUUUCGCCCGGUGUUUCCUCAUCAUCAUCAUCAGCACCAUCAUAUCCGUCUUCAUCGCCAUCAGCUUACACGACCUCAAACGGUCCUGUUUUGCGCGCUCUCGCUCUUGUGCCUGAGGAAGUGGAGGCCGUGGCUCGGAGGGCGGCCGGGCAGCCUGGCGUUGCAAUAAAGAGAUUUUCGGUGAGAGCACUCUGCCACCAAAGACUUCAGGUGAGGGCACCGACCCAGCAGUGCUGCACGCCCCUCCUCCUUGUCGCUCUCGUCACCACCAUCCUCUUCGUACUUCUACUCGUCCCUAUCGUUACCAGCAUAUUUGAUCCCAAGGAACGCAAGUUUCCGAGCGUUCGUCUUGGUGCUGGAAAAAGGUGCAGGUGUGCAUUGAUUUGACUCUCUAUUCGGCGGCGGAGGCGGAGAAACUUUCCUGCUUGGCCCGCGGUGCGUGCAGCCUGCCAGUGAACAGACUUUCGGCAACGGCAGUCCUCCAGCACGGGCCCUCGGUGAGGGCAUCGGACCAGCAGAAGGGGUUGAGAAAACGAUGCGAUCGGCAUUUUAUACUUCAGAGCCCCAGCUCUUGCUAGUUGGGAUUCAACUACAGAGCGAGACGACCGCCACGAGCGAGUCGACCGCCACGCGCACAGUGCGGGCAGUAGGUUCGUGAUGGGGGGCG